GGAGACAUCACGCGUCACAUGCUUGGGGCUUACGGCUGCCAGUCACAGCAACGCGACCGAGAACAAGGCAACAUGGCGGCGGCUGGUGCGGCUUCCACGGCACUCUUCCUCACACUGCAAUUGUGUGCUGUGCAUCUUGCAUCGAGCGGAACAGCCUCCCUUCAGCUUACAGCACGCUUCCGGACGACACCUCCAUGAGCGCCACACCACCACGGAUAGCGAACUCGAAGCGAUAGUGUGCUGUGUAAGAGGACAGGAAGGCGCGAGGCAUGAUCGACCACGUCGUGGGGCGGCCGUCGGUCAAGUUCCGCAAGAUCCAGGUGCUGGCCGUUGUGUCCUUCUGGAGCUUCUACCUGUACCGAGGCGACCGCCACGGCCCGCCGCUCAUCCGCCGCCUCUCGUCGCUCGUCUCGCGCAAGCUCACGGCGUGGCAGACGGUCCUCGUCACGCUGCUGUACCUCUACCUCGCCCGCAACUUCGGCAAGCUCGUCGGCCUCGAGAGCCCAGAGCCCCUCGCCAACCUCUACAGCCGCUCCUACUUCCGCGCCACAUGGGUCACCACCGCCCUCGACGCCGGCUUCUGGACCGCCAUGCGCAUCCGCCAGAAGCCCCUCCGCGACAUCCUGUCCAUCGUCUUCAGCGCCUACUACCUGAUCUGCGCCGAGCAGGCCGACGACAAGGUGCGCAAGGUGCGCGCCACGCUGACGGUUGACCAUCUGCGCGUCGGCUGGGAGAAGGGCACCACGCCGUAUCUGGCGGCGCUGACGAGCCUGCUGAGGCCGCGCCUCAUGUGGUAUCCGCCGAGGAAGAUCCGCAUUCCCCGGCCAAAGGACAGCAGCUACAAAGACCCCGUCAUUGCGUGGCUGUACUUCAACGGCCCGCUGUCGGCCCUCAAGAAGCAGCACAAGAUCGUGCUCGACAUCCCCGGCGGCGGCUUCGUCGCCAUGAACCCGCGGAACCACGAGGACAAGCUGAUGGGCUGGGCCGGCAAGACGGGCCUGCCCGUGCUCAGCCUGGACUACAGGAAGGCGCCCGAGUGGCCGUAUCCGUACGCCCUGAACGAGUGCUACGACGUCUACCACUCCAUUGUCGCGACGAAAGGCCGCUGCAUGGGCUUGUCGGGCGAGCUUGAGCCCAAGAUCGUGGUCAGCGGGGACUCUGCGGGCGGGAACCUUGCCGUGGGCAUGACGUUGAUGAUCCUGCAGGCUGCAUCCACCGAGACGCGGCGGUGGCAGGGCGAGCGCUCGUUGCCGCCCCCGGUCGGCGUGGUGCUCAUGUAUCCGGCGCUGGACAUGAACAUCGGGAAUUGGAUGACAGACGAGCAGAUGGCGCUGAUCCGCGACCGCAAGGCCCGCAAGCAGAACCGCCCCAUCCUGCGGCACAAGAGCGACGAUUACCGACACCUCGCCCCAAACACGCCUGGUGCUUCGGACCAUUCCGACAGCGACGACGAGAGCGCGCCGAAGAAGCAAGAGGCCGCCUCCCCGCCCGUGCCCACGAGCGAGAAAGUGCUCACUUCACCUCGGACAGCAAUCCACCUGUCCGCCGCACACACCGGCCACGACAGCCACGGCCUCCCCCCACCCACCAUCUUGACCAACCUCAACGGCCUCCUCUCCUCACAACCCGUCCAAUCCCCCGAACCUGUACGCCCCUUGUCACCUGAGCUAUCAAGACAAUCCCCACACUCCCAGACGCACCCACCCACCCCUGCCGCACCUCCCGCCACAGCCAUAAAAACCCGCCUCGCCAUGUCCUCCAUGAUCUCCUACUUCGGCGACCGCAUCCUGACCCCCGAGAUGAUGCGCGCCAUGAUCAUCCUCUACAUCGGGCCGCACAACCGGCCCGACUUCUCUACCGACUAUCUCCUCUCGCCGCUGCUCGCGCCGGAAUCCCUCUUGGCAAAAUUUCCAAGGUGCUGGAUGCUGACUGGCGAGCGCGACCCGCUUGUCGACGACACGGUCAUCUUCGCGGGGCGGUUACGCCAGGCGAAGCGCGCGGAUUUCCAGUAUGCAAAGGAGAUGGGCCUCGACUGGGCACGUGGGGAGUGGGCCGAGCACGAGUGGGUCAACGUCGAUCUCAUUCCUGGCAUCUCGCACGGCUUCUUGCAGUUCGUAAGCGUGUUCCCCGAGGGCUGGAAAUAUAUCAUGCGGUGUGGGAAGUGGAUGGUGGAAGCGUUCGACAUGGAUGAACGCAACGGCUUAGAGACGGCCGCGCCCACGCCGGGGGUAGAGUACGAUGUCCUGCACCAUCGCCGAAGAGAGAGCGAGAGGAGUGAUUACUUUGGGAGUCACCCCGGACUUGUCGAGGCUGUGAAUGGGCUCGCGAAUUCGAAGAAGGGGCAGGAAAACGGGAGUGCCAGACAUCACCGCCGACAGGGCACUGCAGAGAGCAGCGCGGACGACGACAGGCCGCUUGAGAUGACGGUGUUGCCGAAUCGCAAAUCUCCGCCCGGCGUUGGCAAGGUAGGCGGGCAAUCCGGCGGUAGAGGGUGGGAGGCGAAGCAUAUCAAAGGCGGGCGGGCGGUCGGACCUCCCCAGAAGGAGAGGAGCAAAGCCAAGGCAAAGAGGGGACGGAGGAAGAGUCUAGUCAGCCUGGCCAGCGAGGAUGAUCUGUUGGGCCGGCGGAUGAAGGGGUUGACGAGCGGGCUGCGGGGUGCGGAGGAGGACUAGAAGCUGUAUAUAGGACUGGAAACGAAAUAGAUGUACAUGACAUAUGCACCGGGAG